AUGUAUGGGCCACUAAAGGUCAAGAAUGCCCACAGGAGUUGCCCAAAUUGCAAGAUACGGUUUGAUGGUCUGAACUUUUUAUUCUUUCAUGCAUCACCUUUGGGCGGAUUGCGGAGAUUGUUGAUAGGGGGACUACUUCUAAUACUGCGAGGACACUUUUCACUACCAGAAGAGCCAUGCUCUGAUUUUUUGCUUCAUGGCUGCUGCUGGUGUUCUCUCAGCCAGGAGUACAGAGAACUCCACAAUCGUGGAAUCGAUCCCUCCAUAGGGUGGCAAGCCAACGUCGAGAAGUGGAACCGAGGAGGAGUGAAGCCUCCGAUUAUUGAACCAGGCAUGGAUCGUUAGGCUGCGAUGCUUCCUUUUUUAUUAGUUACCUCUUUAAAUAUAGUGUGAUAUGUCAUGUGAAGAGACCGAUAAAAAAAGAGAAUUGCAAUGAAACCAGUUCGUGCCUUUUGGGUGCCUCUUUAUAAGUAGUUUAGAUUCUCUUCUCCUCUCAUUUUAUUUUUCCUAUUUUUAGCUUUCCCAAUAAUUUUUUUUAAUUUUUUUUUUCUUUUAACUAAAAUUCUUCUUUUUAAUUUUUUUUUUUUUAGCUUUUUCAAUAAAUUGGAUUGAUUAUGGUUUUUUUUUUCUCCAAUUUUUUGUGACAAAAGUAUCCCUGCUAUUUUGUUUCUAUUAUUUUUAGUUAGG